AGGAAUGGCAUGGUGGCUUGCAUUAAGGGGACCGGCUGACUGACCUCCCCCUCAUCAAAUCUCUCUGGUUGGAAGCUGGAAAGGAAGACAGAAAGAAAACUAAUUACAGGACACACGUAAAGGACGGAGGAUCAAGGUGUCAAGGCCUAAGAAGCGAUACACAGCGUCAGAGGCCCGCAGGAGGGGAAGAAAGAAGGGCGGGUGGCUGUGUGAUGGGUCUCGCCCCUCGCCUCCACUGUCAUGUUGAGACGAUGCUUGGUGGGGGGAUGCUGCCUGGCUCUGAGGGCAGCACGACCGUCCAGGCAAGGAUUGCGAGGUGUUGAGCGGCUGCAGUUUCAGGAAGUCAGGUUGAAGGUGUGGAAAGCUGCUCCGUGCCUGCUAUGUAAUGAGAGUCAGUGCAGUGCCUUCCACACCUCUGCUAGUGUCAGUAAAAAGAGGAAAGAAAAAGAUGCGAAGAAUGCGGUACAUGUGAACCCCAAAGCCUUGAAGCUGGAGAAACCGAAGACGCGUGUUGUGUCCAUCUGGAAGAACAUGACCGUGCUUGAGUUGGCCAGGAGUCUUGAGAGGGAUUUAGACACGGUAUUCGAGAUCUUCCUGUACGUGGAGGGCAGCGACUCCUACGACCACCCCGGGGCACCCAUCACCAACCUACGGGUGGCUCAGGAGGCUGUCAAGCGGGCCGGCUGCCGCUUCAGGAUUGAGGGAAACCCGGCGAAGGAGCAGGAACACAAGACGAAAAAUAAGGAUGCCUUCAGGAGGCCACCAGCAGAGGAGGACAAGCUGGUCCGUCGGUCGCCAGUGGUCACCAUCAUGGGCCACGUGGACCAUGGCAAGACCACCCUCCUGGACAGCCUCCGACACACCUCCGUGGUCCAGUCAGAGCAUGGCGGCAUCACGCAGCACAUCGGAGCAUUCUCAGUGGAAAUGGAGAGCGGGGAGCGGGUCACCUUCCUGGACACCCCCGGCCAUGCAGCGUUCAGGGCCAUGCGGGCGCGGGGGGCCAUGGUGACGGACCUGGUGAUCCUGGUGGUGGCGGCCGAUGAUGGGGUGAUGGCCCAGACCAAGGAGUCCCUCAGCAUGGCCCAGGAAGCUAAUGUGCCUAUUGUGGUGGCCAUCAACAAGAUCGACAAGCCUGGAGCAGAUGUGGCCCACACCAGGAGGAUGCUGCUGAACGCCGGAAUACAGCUGGAGGAGCAAGGGGGCGAGGUGCAGGCAGUGGAGGUGUCAGCGCUGAACGGCCUCAACUUGGAUCAGCUGAUGGAGGCUGUGGUGACCCAGGCCGAGCUGCUGAACCUUCGUGCCGACCCUAAUGGUGCAGUGGAGGGAGUCGUGGUGGAGUCCAGAACAGACCCAGGACGAGGAAAGCUGGCAACAUGUGUGAUCCAGCGGGGAACUCUCUCCCGUGGGGCCGUCCUGGUGGCUGGUACGGCGUGGGCCAAAGUGAGGAACAUGUUUGAUGACGCUGGACGCUCCAUCAAGUCUGCUCCCCCGUCCACCCCUGUAGAGGUGAUUGGGUGGCGCCAGCUGCCCUCCGCCGGGGAUGUGGUGCUGGAGGUGGAGGGCGAACGGCGGGCAACGGAGGUGGUGGAGUGGCGGCAGGCGGAGCAGGAGCGGCUGAAGCAGGCGGAGGACGAGGCGGCUAUCCAGGAGAAGCUACAGGAGCACCUCAAACAGUACCGGGCGCAGAGGGAGGAGAAGAGGAAGAGGGGGAUAAGAUACAAGCUCCGCCAGAGAGGACCGCGGCCAAAGGAAGUCAUCGAGGUGUCUGGGCCGCCUCGGGUGUCGCUGGUGCUCAAGGGGGACGUGGAUGGGUCGGUGGAGGCGCUGCUGGACACCCUCGACACCUACUACAGCACCGAGUGUGAGCUGGAUGUCAUCAGCUAUGGGGUCGGGGAUGUCACCUCCACGGAUGUGACGAUGGCUGCUGCUUUCUCGGGCAUCAUCUACACCUUCAAUGUGGACGUGCCCAAAGACAUAAGAGCCCAGGCCCAGAAGGAAGGUGUGACCAUAUCGGAGCACAAGGUCAUCUACCACCUCAUUGACCACCUCAAGGAACAGAUCUCCGCACGGCUGCCCCUCAAGGAAGAGGAGGAAAUACUUGGUGAGGCCAACGUCCUGGAGGAGUUCGUCAUCACGGAGGGCCGCAAGAAGGUGCCGGUGGCUGGGUCCCGAUGUGUGAAGGGCACCCUCAAGAAGAAUGCCUUGUUCAGGGUGGUGCGGGGACAGGAUAACAUUCACGAGGGUGAGCUGUCCUCCAUGCGGCACCUGAAGGAUGAGGUGGAGAGCAUAGCGCGAGGGAAGGAGUGUGGCCUGCGCUUCGCCGAUGAAGAGCUCCGGUUCCAGCCCGGCGACACCCUCAUCUGUUAUAAAAUCAAUCUCGUUCCUCAGAGAAGUGACUGGGAUCCAGGUUUCUAAGUAAAAGGAAGCAGAGCAUACAUUUGUAACAUUCUAUUGCUAUUAUACUGUAUGUUAAUGGAUUCACUCUGUAUCAGAUCUUUACAUAUUGUGUAUACCCAUGAAGCCCUGUGAAUAAGUUGUUAAUAAAUUUUAGUAAUAUUUUUA